AUGAGUAAGAAGAAUCGGGUGUCCUAUGUUAAGCCUGCAGAGCCCUCCUUCCUGACAAAGUUUAAGAAAGAUGUUGGCUACACGGAGGGUCCAACUGUAGAUACUAAGCGGCAGGACCUUCCUACUGUAGCAGAUGACAGUGAUGGCAGUGACAAGGAGGAUGAACAGCCACAAGUUGUAGUGCUUAAGAAAGGUGACCUUUCAGAAGAUGAGGUUAUGAAAAUUAAACAACAAAUUAAAGAAAAUUCAAAAGGUUAUCAUGUAGAUGAUGAUCCAGUCCCUGCUGAUGGAAAGAUCCUGUUCAGAAAGCCAGUUAAACGCACCACUGAUAGCAAAUUUUCAGGUAUAAAUGCAACUUCAAGCAAGAAGAAGAAGCCGGAAGAAAACCAGGAAUCAUCCAGCAAAUCCAGCCAGAAACAAGUUCGAAAUAGCAGUUUGCUGUCUUUUGAUGAGGAAGAUGAAGAUUAG